UCCUUGCUGGAUGAGGUAUUGCAUGAGUUUGGCGUACAAGUAGCAGUGUAUUUCAAUUGGCAACUGCGCGCAAAUGAACAAGAAGCUGAUCCGCCGAUAAAAUCACAGAAGCUCAAGUAAAAGAAGUCAAUGGAGUACAAAAUAAGAACUAAAAAGUGGGGGCGUAGUGAUGCAUUUAGCAGUGAAUCCGAGAAAGGGCGGAUCCUUUAUGGUUCUCCUACUCCCGUUUUUGUUUCGUCCGCCCUUGAAAUUUGAAGUUCUCUCCCGGAGCCCGUGCACGCAUCACCGGCACUCCUUUGUCCCUUCAUUUCAUUUUAUGCACGUCCACUCUAGCUUCCGUGGAUCUUGCCCUUGCACAAAUUCCGAGAAUUUAAUCCGUUACUCACUACCGGCAACCUGUUACUCCCAGUUUCCUCACUCCCACCAACUCCAGUGCCUAAUGCUCCUCUUUUCUCUGGCUCACUUCCCUUCUAAAACCGGUAACUUCUUCCCCCUUCUUCACCACCACCAAAAAAAAUCUCAAACAAAAAAAAAAAAAAACAAGAAGAAGUCCCUGCUCUGCUUCACUGCAUAUGAGUCUAUGACUCCUUCCACAGACAAAAACUGAACAACUCAAACAACGUUAGAACUCCGAAUCGACAAUCAUGAGUGGUCUAAGCAAGCAUGGCGCUGCCCUCACCAUAAUCUUCGUCCUCUCAUUAGUGGCUCUCUUUGCCCAGCUCUUUUACUUUCUAUGGCGCCGCCGCGUCUUCCAACCUCAAACGCCACCCCAGGCAGCUACUACCACAGCCCCCACCAACUCCCACACAUUCUCCGACUCGUCCACUAACUUUGCCUCCUCAUUGUCUUCCUCUUCCAAAGAGCUCCUCUGCUUCCUCUGUCUCAGCAGCUCGCGAGUCGAACCCACCUCGACUCCACCGAGUCUGAACUCAACCGCCCAGGAGGAGGAUGACAUGGAGGUGAUCGACAUUUUCAAACUCCAGAACAUGUACGGACCCUCGAGGGUUCUCUUUACCAUUAAAGAAGAGGACAGCGAGAACGAUGCGGAGCCUGAAAAGCCUGCAGUGUGCUCGUCAGCCACCACGAAGCCUAAUACUACCACUAAGCGGGUGAGUUUAGAGGAGUGUUUUAAUGCGCCCGAUGAUGGGUCCAUCGGCGAGGAGGCGGAGGCAGUAGUGGCACUGGCAAUAGGAGGUGACCGUAUCAACAAUGCUGGUGAUCAAAGUGGGGUGAUGACGCCCAUUUCAACGCCUUGUGAAUCACCUUUGUAUUUUACUCCGUCGGCAUCACCGGUUGGCGGGGAGCUGGUCAGAUGCUAGAUCAGUCAUACGUGUCCCGAUAGGCACCGCUCUUAGUUGUGUCUGGGUACGCACGAGUUUAAGCGGGGAAGGGAAUUUUCCGGCUUCUUCUGCCCAGGACAAGUUUUGGGCUUUGGAGGCUGGAGCCAAGCCUGAGAAUUGUUCUUAGUGGCCGGGCCCAAAUUUUGUAACAACCACAAGUGUUCUUGGGCUUGUAUAGUGGAUUAUAGCCCAGUGAUCCACGUGCCCCGCUGGUUUGGAUGGCAGAGUCCACUUCAAUUAGACCUGAUGUUCGUUUGCCCCGAAACGUACAGUUGUCAAAAAAAUAUGUAUUUUCAUAUGUUUUCUUUACUACGAGGAGAGAACAUCCCCAAGCCCAUUUUGUUGCAAACAGAUCCUUGGCAAUUUGUUGCAAGAAAAAUUUGCCCAGCGUCCAUUUUCUUCUUUUAUAAGACACAGUCAAAUUGCAGGAAGUCUCGCCGCUGUUUCGUGCUCUUUGUAAUAAGGUAUUUGUGUAAUUGAUGAUCACGAAA